AUGGCUGAUCACGAGCAUACUGGUCUCCCUGAGCUCCCUAAGGAGCUGGCUAAGCAGUUCGGUCUGCUGGAGCAGAAGUUUGUGCGUGCUGAGGUUGAUCAGAUCCGCAGCGGCGUCACUCGCUUCCGCCCCCUCCUCAAAGAACGCGACGAGGCCAUCGCCAACUCCCCUCUCAAGGAUACUUUCUGGACCCAGGUGUUCGCCAACGCUCCCCCGGAUGUCGACGAGUAUGUCCUCGAGUCCGACGCCGCGGUCCUCGGCACCGCGCUGCAGUCCUUCUCGGUGGAGCGCUUCGAGGUCGACGACCAGGGCAACGGCGAGCCGCGCAGCUUCCGUCUCAUCUUUGAGUUCCGUCCCGCUGAUAACGAGCACUUCGACAACGAGAAGCUGGUUAAGGACUUCUACUGGCGCAAGCAGAUCACGCGCUCGCCUGCUGGCUUGAAGAGGUCGUGGGAGGGCUUGGUUUCUGAGCCCGUGCGCAUCAACUGGAAGACUGGUCAGGAUCUGACUAAGGGCGUGCUGGACGCCGCGUGUGAUCUUGCCGAGGCCGAGAAGAAGAACAAGGGUGAUCGCAAGGAGUUGCCGGAGUUCAAGAAGCUGCAGAGCAAGAUCGAGGAGUCCCAUGAGCACGACGAUGGCAAGGACGCCGACGAUGAUGACUUCUCGUUGGGUGGUCUGAGCCCCGCCGGAACGAGCUUCUUCUCCCUCUUCGGGUACCGCGGACGCUCCGUUUCCGCGGAGGAGUCUCAGGCUGCCACGAAGGAGGAUGACGAGCGAUUCGAGAAGCUGCUCAAAGGCGAGCAGGUCGAAGAGGACGAGGAGGAUGAGAACGACGAUGACGAAGACGACGAUGAGGCAGUUGAGAUCUUCCGCGAUGGCGACGAGCUCGCCAUCGCCCUGGCGGAGGAUCUGUACACCCACGCCUUCAAAUACUUCGGUCCGUAUCUCGCUACUGGAAUUUCGCACAGAACGCUGACAUCUCGACCAGGCGGGUCUGCCGACGACGAGGACCUUAGUGAACUCAUGGAUGGAGAGGAUGAGGAUGACGACGAGGGCGAGGAGGAGAGGCCCCGCAAGAAGACCAAGGUCUAA